AUGCCUGGAGAUACGCUCAAGUUACCGACGGACCAAUCGAGAAAUCGUACUCGUUCUCAGGGCAGCAUUAUAGCGUUGCUCGUUGUACAAAGAGAAUAUUUGCGAUCUAUUCAUCGCACGUGCAAUUCGGCUGUGAGGCUCACUGAAACGUCCGCCUCCAUUACAGUCUCGACGAAACUCCAAACGUUAACGCAGCUAUGGGCCAAAUGUCGAUGCAAUCACGAGGAGUUAACGGCAUAUUCGAUUGAUCCGGACGUCAGUGACUAUCUCAAAGGUACCGAAUUUGGUGACAUGGAGGAUCGAGUUCUUGAUGCGACGGACGCGCUCACCGCCUUGCAGAGCAACAUGCCUUCGACAUCGUCAAUUAGGAGGGACGCUGCCGACGCAUCGUCGACUUCGAGGUUCACCAGUCUCGAGCGCAUCCCUCUGCCGACCUUCAACGGAGAUCAGAAGGACUGGGCCCACUUUCGAGACAUGUUUGACUCGAUGGUCGUCCGUGAGUCUGGACUGUCUAACGUACAGAAGUUUUAUUAUCUUAAAAGUUGUUUGACCGGUACGGCAUUGUCGUUGAUUAAAAAUUUACCGAUUACCGAUGCAAAUUUCGAAUCGGCUUGGAAAUUAAUUAAUGAUCAUUAUCAAGAUAUUCAAGUUUUGACUUUUUCUCUUAUAGUUCGGUUAUUAAAACUUAGGCCCGUAAGCGGCGAUAGUCCGGCCGCGUUAGAGACUCUAGUUAAUCAAACUCGCGAAAUACUUGUCUCUCUCGAAAACUUGAAUCAAUUAUCGUGGGAUUCCAUAUUAGUUGUUAUGACGCUUAUGCGUCUGGACCCGACGAUUCGAAAGAGUUGGGAAGAGAACAUCGGUAAAAGAGAAACAUUUCCAAAUUAUGACGAACUUGAGCAAUUUCUGAACGGUAAAAUACACGCUUUAAAUGUUGCGUCGAUUAAAAGCGGAGUCACAUGCCUGAACGACAAUGCCGUAACGAAAAAUUCAAAACAUAAAAACGGUGUUGACUCUAAGGUCACUUCGCACGUUGCGAACACCAAUACUUCUGUUUGUCAUUUUGUGCUCCGCGGCUCAUAA